AAAGCUCCGACAUACACGCGACCCAAGCCCACUCGCGAUCUCCGUUUUCUUCUUCCUCCCGCCAACAAUCCCAUUUUUAAUUCUGUACCAUGGAGCAGCUCCUCCUCAAAAAACUCCAAGCCCUAACCCCCCUCCCCUCCAGCGAUCUCAAAACCCUAACCCUAGCCCGAUCUCUUCUCACGAACCCUAACUCCUCCCCUUCCACCCUCGAUUCCGCCACAAAAACCCUAAUCCAAACCCUAGACUCCCGCCGCCAGGACUCGUCCUUCGCCCGCCACGUCAUCAAGGUCAUCGGUGACGCCGCCUCCGUCCACCGAUCCCUCGUCCCUUUGGCGAUUCAAGUGAUCCGGCCAUUUUUAAACGGCGAUGAUGGCGUCCCAGCGGAUGCGCUUGCUGUUUUUGAUUCUUUGGGGGAGUACGAUUUGUUGGAUGAGGAGCUUGUGAUAUCACUUGCUUCGAGCCCGAUUGUGUCGGUUCGGCUGAGGAUUGUUGAGAUUUUGGGUUCGAAUUUGGAUAUGCUGGGUCUUGAGCUUAUGAUGAGAGUGUUGUUGGGUCUUUCGACAGAUAUUUAUCCAUCGGUGAGAAAUUCAGCGGUUAGGGCACUUGUUGGGCUGUUGAAGAGAGAUGGUUUGAAUUUGAAGUGUGUUUAUGAUCGUGGGGUUGAGCUCUUGAGGGAUGAGGAUGAGCUCGUGAGAUUGGCUGCUGUGAAAUUGGUGAGUGAGUGUGCACGAUUGUUUGCAGUGGGUGAAGCUGGCGGUGCCCGUGAGCUGAUAAAUGUGAUAUUUGUUCAGCUUUGUUGGAUGGCAAGGGAUAUGAAUUUGAAGGUCAGAUUAGAAGCUUUUAUUGCCCUAGGAGGAGUAAGGUUGGUGUCUGAAGGUGUUCUUCUACAGUCGCUUUCAAAGAAAAUCUUGGGAAGCAAAAGUGAAGGAAGCUCCCUUACUGAAUGCAUUGUCAAAGAAUAUAAAUGUCCAAUGUCAUGUGCUGCUGGAGCUUUUGUACAUGGGAUUGAAGAUGAGUUUCAUGAGGUACGAACAGCUGCUUGCAAAUCCUUGGGGAUGCUCUCAAGGUUUUCUAUCCGGUUUGCUGAGAAUGCCUUGAACUUGUUAAUGGACAUGCUAAAUGAUGAUGUACUAGCUGUUCGGUUACAAACUUUGCAAAAUUUGUUUCAUAUGGCAACACGUGGUCGUCUAACAAUACAGGAGAAACACAUGCAAAUGUUUCUUGGUUCAUUAGCUGAUAGUAAUGCCGUGAUUAGACAUGCAGCAAGAGAAGUGCUCCGGCUAAUGAAGCUGCCGAAGCUUGAGAUGUUUAUAGCUGCAGUUGACGACCUUAUCGAAAAUUUGAUGAUGCACCCAGAGGAAGAAGAAGAUAUAUUUUCAGCUUUGUUUUUUAUUGGUAAUAAUCAUGGGAACUUCACAGCCAAGAGAGUACAGGGAUUUGAGGUAGAGAUAGCACCAUUCUGCAAAGGAGAACUGGGCUUGGACUGUCCCCAGGUAGCAGCGUUACUGGUGCUGGCUUUUUCAUUGUCUUGCUCAGGACAACCUAAGUUUGAUGUUCCUCCAACAGUAUUUGCAUAUGCUCUUCCUUUAUUUGGAAAAAUCUCUCGUGCAUUGAAACACGUUAUGCACCCUGAUUUUCUGUUGGUCCAUUUGUGCAACCUCAGUGGAAUGCCAUUUCCAGCCAGAACAUUGAAUUUCAACAAUGCGGGGUUAUUGUCAUGCAUAGCUGAAGAAGGUAUUUCAAAUCACACAAAGUGCACUGGUCCAUUAUGCAGCUCUUCAUGGCCGAUUGAAACAUCAGAAAUCAGUUUCCAGCAAGAUCCGUUUGAUCCCAGCGAGACAUCAACUUCCCUUGAAUUAUCAAGACAGAAAGUGAGUUGCUUAGAUGAAAACAAUAUUCAAUCUGUAAAGCUUUUAUUUAAAGCUGCGACAGAAAUCUGGCUGCUGAUACAAUCACAGCGUACACACAAAGCACGAAGGAUGCUAAGAUCUUCCAAAGAAGAGCUGGAAAUGAUUGGUUGGAAUGCUGAUGGACGUAUUGCUGCUUUGUUGGCCUUUGCAUCAUACCAUGUUGAGGUAAUCCAGCUGCUUGCUGAAAUAUGGGAGCAGCUCAAACCAAGACAUGUUAUUUGCAUGAACACUUUGGAUCUUCUAUUGAAAAAGUUAGAUUGUUGCUUAAAGAGAUUGAGAUAUAGCUUUUCAGGUUUCUCGAGGGAGGAAGAAUGCCAUAUUUUAGAACUUACCUUGCUAGCUUAUGUACUUAAAGUGUACCAGGUGGGUACAUGCUCAUGCCUUGUACUGAACAAGCUGCAAGCUGCAUUUUCUUGCUUAGAAUGCCUUACUGAAGAAGGACAAUUGAAACAUUCUUCGUUUUACGAAGAACUAAAGAGGGCUUAUAUUGAACAGACAACAACUGAGGUUCCCAAACCCUUUCCUGUUCAGAAGUUACUUGAACUAUUCUCCCUUGAGCAGUUUCCACUCGCUGGAGGAUUUAAACAUAUCAAAGCAGAAUUAUUGGUCACCGGAAAUAACUCUGAGAACCCCCUUCUUUAUGUUUCAGGAUUGCCUGUGGGUAUCACAUUCCAGAUAACAUUAUACAAUGUAUCAAACAAGAACACUCUGUGGCUCCAAAUGGCUGUUGGCCAGUCAGGCCAGUUUGUAUUUCUUGAUCUGUGCAAAUUCGCAGGAUCUGAUGCAACAAGGACAUGCACAGUUAAUCUUCCAUUUUAUGAAACACCGAAGGUGCCAUCUUUUUUAUUAAGGGCUUGCAUAUGCAUGGAAUGCAAAGAUGAAGUUGUCAUUGAUUGCAAGAAAGGCCAAGGACCAAAAUAUGAUGUUACACUACUUAGCGAGGAAAUUGAUGUUUAUUUGGCUCAAAUUCGUAACAGAUGAUUUGCAUGGGACAUGCUAUGCUUGUAACCUCGUCCAUGUGAUAUAAGAGAAACCCUGGCAGCAACUUCCUCAAUAGUCUUAUGGAGACUUUUUCGAUGCCGUGAGACUGUCGGUAAUAGUACAACUAUUUCUUCAUGACAAGUUUAUAACUAAGUAGAACUGCAAAUUUUUGACGCAUUAACAUGUGUGAUAACCAUGUCUAAAAAGACUUAGCUUCCUCUUGCUGUCAACACUGCGGACAGCUGAUCAAAUGGAGGGAUCAUGAGACAUUAGUAAAGGUGGUUGCUCAAGUUCUCUAGGAUUUGAUGCCGGGAUCAUAAUGUGUAAAGCGCAGGACCACAUCGGAAGCGGUGAUAUUCCAUCCGGACCACGUUUACGAAAAUAGCCCAGUGGGUACAAAGAUGCUGCCUCCACCAACCAUUUCCAUUUUUAGGUCCAUCCGUAGGCGCUACGGAGAUUUCCUUGCAUAUAAUUUUGUAUUUUGUUCUGACGGUGAAAGGUCACUUGACGUCGUAGGCCUAGUAGACCCUUGCAAGUUAUUGUUUUAAAAGUUUGGCCUAUUGUACUUUUAUAUGUAACUAGUUUUUACACACGUGCAAUGCACGUGAUUUAAUACCAUGAUUAAGUAUUUUUG